UCGGUGGGUAGGCGAGUACCCCCAGUCAGACACUAACACAGACGGUGGCGGGUAUACUCAGGGCUACACGUGAACAUGAACAUUGUUGUUAAAGAAGACGGUGAAAAGGGGACAAGAGAAAGGAAGGUAACGAAGAGAUCGGACGAGAAGGAAGAUGGUACGGUUUAGUAUACUUGUUUGUUCCCUCCUCGUGGUGGGCGUGACCUACAGAGUCCACGUGGUAAUGAACAGACCAAUCCCAAUCGACAUCAAGGAUCAGACCAAAGUCAGGAUUCUCGACGAAAUCGGACGUAUAUCAAAUCAUAUGCUGGAAAUUUUUCUCUACUUUGGCAUUCCAAUUGGAGCUCCGGUUAAGUUUUUAGUCGAUUCCGUAUUUUGUUGCUUGGUGGGCAGUGUGACGUCACACAACGAUGGUGUAAAGAUAUUUGACAAGACAAUAAACGAUAUACCCGUGCGCGUGUUUAAGCCCGAGGGUCGAGCCCUCAGGGGUACCUACCCUACCUUGAUGUACAUACACGGAGGGGGCUGGACAUGGCUCUCUGUCAACAGCUAUACUGCGUUCCUCAUCCAACUAGCUAACAAGACGGGAGUACUUAUCAUCGCACCAGAAUACAGGAAGGCACCCAGGCACCAUUUUCCGGCUCCCUACAAAGACUGUGAAAAUGUCAUGUACCAUAUCCUCCUUGGUAAAAGUGGUCUUCCGGUUGACCACCAUCACGUGAUGGUUGGAGGUGAUGGUUCUGGUGGGAACUUGGCUGCCGCGGUUGCGCAGAAGUUCAGAAAGAAAAUCUUCAUGCAAGUUCUGAUUAACCCAGCACUACAACUACUGGAUCUUCGUACUCCGUCCUACAGAGAAAACUGUGACGUCAUCAACGGCAUGACGUCCCCGAAACGACAGAUCCAACAUUGGUUGCUUUAUACAAGAAUCUCGGCAACUUACACAUCAAAUCUAAUAAAAAAUUCACACGUAUCACCGGAAGUGCGUCACUCCAAAUUAUCAAACUAUGUUAAUAGUAUGUCAUACCUGCCGCCUUCGUUAAACAUUACAAAUAAAAAAACGUCAAAAAAGCACGUUUAUGACUUUGAUUCAAUCGAAAUUUUAAAGGUAAUUCUGACGAACACUACAUUAUCACCUAUGCUUCAGACACAUUUAAAUGGCAUUGCUAACGCCUACGUCAUAGCCUCUCAAUAUGACGUGUUACGUGACGAAGGAAUCAUGUAUGCUGCACGUCUCUCCGAGUCAGAUAUAAAAGUGAAACUUAAAUAUUACCCAUCAACCUUUCACGGUUUCUUGUUAUUCUCAACUGAAGGGCCUUUCCAACUGGAAGAUGGAGUUCGGGGGCUUCAGGAACUAUCUGACUUUAUAAGGUUCCAACUUCGAGGAUACACGUCAUAACAAUACAGUAUUAUAAACUAAUGUAAUGCUUCACCAGGGUACUCUUGUAUUGCUCGAGGCCAUACCUGAACUGUUGAUACAUAUUGCCAGUGACAUGUCAACCACAUGGCUCAUAUAAUAUUUUCCUCUUUCGUCACGCAGUCGCCCUGAUGUUCAUUGAUAUUGUGUUAAUAUAAAAAUUAACGUACUUGUAACGAACUAGCUUUGACAUGCUAUGUGCCAUAAUUUCCUAAAACAACCACAAACACUAAAUAAAACCAUAGCAUGUCAUAUGCUGUAAAUUAGCAAUUGAAAUAGAUACCAGUUUUGUUUGUGCUGUUGUCCUGGCUGUUUUACGACUUCCCAUAAGUAUCAACUGUUUACGUGAAAAACGCUGUUCUAUUUACUGAGUUGCUCCAAUAUUAAACAGAUGAAACCCC